GAGUGCUUUCUAAGACGGCGAAGACGGCAAAUUUACCCUGGACAAGGCGGGCGCGGUCUGGCCGACAAGAAAAAGUGGACACUUGUCUUGGACGGUAGCUUUCCACUAGCCGGUGUUGAGCCAUCAUGCCGACAGAGGAGACAACGGAAGUGGACCUGGAGGAAGACUUCGCCUCCUCCACUUCCCUACAUGGCUUCAACAGGGCUAUGGUCGCUCCCUACCGUUUCCUGCGGUACCUGUGGAUUCUCGCCAUCCUGGCUUCUAACGGCGCCUUCGCCUACAUGUUCAUAUCUAUGCUUCAGGACUACUUCAAAUACCACACCAUCACGGACAUGACGCUGGAGUUCGCAGACGAGAUCACGUUUCCUGCCGUCACCAUCUGUAACUACAACAGAGUGGAUCUGGACCUAGCGACCAUGGAGGAGCUGCAGUACCUCUCCCCCAUGUUGUACGGCAGUUCCAUGGACGAAGCGGCACUGCGGGCCUGGCUGGACCUUCCGGCAGCUGACAACAGCAGCAGUGCGGUAAACUCUACAUCAGCGACUACUCCCACCACGGGAUUUAAUGUAGCGGACAUCAUCAGGCGUAAAGGGUUCGACCUGGGUAUCGGGUCGAGAGGAUGGCCUAGGAUGGUCGGGUGCACUUUUAAGGGGCAGCUCUGCAACUCAGAGAACUUUACGCACUCGUACAGCGUAUACGGGAACUGCUACACGUUUAACGGAGACCGGAGCAGCCCGCUCCAACAGACAAUGGAAGGGACGGGCUUUCCCAGCAGUAACGGCCUGCAAAUAAUCCUGGAUGUCAUGGACCAAUUUUCCACCGAGACGGUGAGUACUGGAGGUCACGGAGAGGUCGGCAUCCGGGUCCUUCUGCACGACCAGACGGAGCCGCCGGUGAUGGACAGUCAGGCGGUGGCACUGGCGCCGGGAAACCACGCCUUCAUGGCCGUCAGACAGACUCGGUACCGUAACCACGAGCCCCCCUGGGGUAAGUGCGGGGAACUGCAGCUGGUACAUUACGACCCGUACACGCUGCCGGCCUGCCUGCUGGAGUGCCGCAGUCGACAUGUGGAGCAGGCCUGCCAGUGUACUCCCUACUUUCUACCAGGAACAGCGACGCCUUGCGAACCACAGCCGAUCUUCCAGUGCGUCAACCAAGUUCUGAAUCAGCUAGUGGCAGGGGAACUUAAAUGCGACUGCCCCAUUCCCUGCACCAUGACCAAAUAUGGCGCUAGUGUGACGUACGCAGGAUACCCCAACAGGCUUACAAAGAAGAGCUACAACGCUGCCUACAACCUCACUCCGGACUACAUCAGAGAAAACGGGGUUGUACUGGACAUCUACUACGACACUCUGAACUACCAGAAGAUUUCACAGCUCAAAGCAGUGGACUCGGGACAGCUCGCAAGUAACAUGGGUGGCAUGAUGGGGUUGUUUAUAGGCGCCAGCGUGAUGACGAUCCUGGAGGUUGCUGAGUACCUGGGCCUGAAACUUUCCCGCUUCUGCACCAGGAAGCAGCGCCCCCACGCGAUUAACGUGGAACCUGCAGCAAGGAAAAACACAACCGAAGAAAGCACUAAAAGCCGCGACAUUUUCUUUCAAUAGCAAGAAGAAGUUGUUUUCUGAAAUGAUCUUAAGAUUUCAUAUCUAAUAUAUGUAGAAAUUGUUUUUUUAAAUAUAUCGUCGCUUUCGCAGUGCUGAUAUUUUGCAUACCGUUGUAAAUGUUCAAAUAUGUAGGCACAUAUUUUAUUGUUGUUGUAUUGCUUAAUAAUGCAAACUGUUCGUAAGGCCACAGCAAGUAAUUUUUAUGGAUGACAUC